AGAGGUAACUACACCUACCACAGGUGUAACGACAACAGUUGAAGAAACCACAACUGAGACAAUUUCAUCUACAUCCACAAAGCCACCUAAAGAAGUCCCCACGGGCCCAACAACCACUUCCACCACUGUAAAUGUUGAAACCUCUACUUCAACGUCACAGCCCACAGCAACAGGUGAAGAAACAACAGGGCCAGUUGUCAUAACUUCCAAUCCCACUACAUUAACAACAACUACAAUUGCACCCACAACAACGACACCUACCACGGGUGGAACUACAAGAAUUGAAGAAACCACAUCUGAAUCAAUUUCAACUACAUCCACAAAGCCACCUAAAGAAGUCCCCACGGGCCCAACAACCACUUCCACCACUGGAAUUGUUGAAACCUCUACUUCUACUUCAACAUCACAGACCACAGCAACAGGUGCAGAAACAUCAGGGCCAGUUGUCAUAACUUCCAAUCCCACUACAUCAACCACAACUUCAAAGGCACCCACUACACCUACCACAGGUGGAACUACAAGAAUUGAAGAAACCACAACUGAGACAAUUUCAUCUACAUCCACAAAGCCACCUAAAGAAGUCCCCACGGGCCCAACUACCACUUCCACCACUGUAAUUGUUGAAACCUCUACUUCAACAUCACAGCCCACAGCAACAGGUGAAGAAACAUCAGGGCCAGUUGUCAUUACAUCCAAUCCCACUACUUUAACAACAACAACAAUUGCACCCACAACAACGACACCUACCACAGGUGGAACGACAACAGUUGAAGAAACCACAAAUGAGACAAGUCCAUCUACAAAACCACCUAAAGAAGUCACUUCCGGCCCAACAACCACUUCCACCACUGUAAUUGUUGAAACCUCUACUUCAACAUCACAGCCCACAGCAACAGGUGAAGAAACAUCAGGGCCAGUUGUCAUUACAUCCAAUCCCACUACUUUAACAACAACAACAAUUGCACCCACAACAACGACACCUACCACAGGUGGAACGACAACAGUUGAAGAAACCACAAAUGAGACAAGUCCAUCUACAAAACCACCUAAAGAAGUCACCUCUGGCCCAACAACCACUUCCACCACUGUAAUUGUUGAAACCUCUACUUCAACAUCACAGCCCACAGCAACAGGUGAAGAAACAUCAGGGCCAGUUGUCAUUACAUCCAAUCCCACUACUUUAACAACAACAACAAUUGCACCCACAACAACGACACCUACCACAGGUGGAACGACAACAGUUGAAGAAACCACAAAUGAGACAAGUCUAUCUACAAAACCACCUAAAGAAGUCACCUCUGGCCCAACAACAACCUCCACCACUGUAAUUGUUGAAACCUCUACUUCAACAUCACAGCCCACAGCAACAGGUGAAGAAACAUCAGGGCCAGUUGUCAUUACAUCCAAUCCCACUACUUUAACAACAACAACAAUUGCACCCACAACAACGACACCUACCACAGGUGGAACGACAACAGUUGAAGAAACCACAAAUGAGACAAGUCCAUCUACAAAACCACCUAAAGAAGUCACUUCCGGCCCAACAACCACUUCCACCACUGUAAUUGUUGAAACCUCUACUUCAACAUCACAGCCCACAGCAACAGGUGAAGAAACAUCAGGGCCAGUUGUCAUUACAUCCAAUCCCACGACAUCAACCACAACUACAAUUGCACCCACAACAACGACACCUACCACGGGUGGAACUACAAGAAUUGAAGAAACCACAUCUGAGUCAAUUUCAACAACAUCCACAAAGCCACCUAAAGAAGUCCCCACGGGCCCAACAACCACUUCCACCACUGGAAUUGUUGAAACCUCUGCUUCUACUUCAACAUCACAGCCCACAGCAACAGGUGCAGAAACAUCAGGGCCAGUUGUCAUAACUUCCAAUCCCACUACAUCAACCACAACUUCAAAGGCACCCACUACACCUACCACAGGUGGAACUACAAGAAUUGAAGAAACCACAACUGAGACAAUUUCAUCUACAUCCACAAAACCACCUAAAGAAGUUCCCACGGGCCCAACAACCACUUCCACCACUGUAAUUGUUGAAACCUCUACUUCAACAUCACAGCCCACAGCAACAGGUGAAGAAACAUCAGGGCCAGUUGUCAUUACAUCCAAUCCCACUACUUUAACAACAACAACAAUUGCACCCACAACAACGACACCUACCACAGGUGGAACGACAACAGUUGAAGAAACCACAAAUGAGACAAGUCCAUCUACAAAACCACCUAAAGAAGUCACCUCUGGCCCAACAACCACUUCCACCACUGUAAUUGUUGAAACCUCUACUUCAACAUCACAGCCCACAACAACAGGUGAAGAAACAUCAGGGCCAGUUGUCAUUACAUCCAAUCCCACAACUUUAACAACAACAACAGAGGUAACUACACCUACCACAGGUGUAACGACAACAGUUGAAGAAACCACAACGGAGACAAUUUCAUCUACAUCCACAAAGCCACCUAAAGAAGUCCCCACGGGCCCAACAACCACUUCCACUACUGCAAUUGUUGAAACCUCUACUUCAACAUCACAGUCCACAGCAACAGGUGAAGAAACAUCAGGGCCAGUUGUCAUUACAUCCAAUCCCACGACAUCAACCACAACUACAAUGGCACCCACUACAACAACAGAGGUAAUUACACCUACCACAGGUGUAACGACAACAGUUGAAGAAACCACAACGGAGACAAUUUCAUCUCCAGCCACAAAGCCACCUAAAGAAGUCCCCACGGGCCCAACAACCACUUCCACCACUGUAAUUGUUGAAACCUCUACUUCAACAUCACAGUCCACAGCAACAGGUGAAGAAACAUCAGGGCCAGUUGUCAUUACAUCCAAUCCCACGACAUCAACCACAACUACAAUUGCACCCACAACAACGACACCUACCACGGGUGGAACUACAAGAAUUGAAGAAACCACAUCUGAGUCAAUUUCAACAACAUCCACAAAGCCACCUAAAGAAGUCCCCACGGGCCCAACAACCACUUCCACCACUGUAAUUGUUGAAACCUCUACUUCAACAUCACAGUCCACAGCAACAGGUGAAGAAACAUCAGGGCCAGUUGUCAUUACAUCCAAUCCCACUACAUUAACAACAACUACAAUUGCACCCACAACAACGACACCUACCACGGGUGGAACUACAAGAAUUGAAGAAACCACAUCUGAGUCAAUUUCAACUACUUCCACAAAGCCACCUAAAGAAGUCCCCACGGGCCCAACAACCACUUCCACCACUGUAAAUGUUGAAACCUCUACUUCAACAUCACAGCCCACAACAACAGGUGAAGAAACAACAGGGCCAGUUGUCAGAACUUCCAAUCCCACUACUUUAACAACAACAACAGAGGUAACUACACCUACCACAAUCGUAACGACAACAGUUGAAGAAACCACAACUGAGACAAUUUCAUCUACAUCCACAAAGCCACCUAAAGAAGUCCCCACGGGCCCAACAACCACUUCCACCACUGUAAAUGUUGAAACCUCUACUUCAACGUCACAGCCCACAGCAACAGGUGAAGAAACAACAGGGCCAGUUGUCAUAACUUCCAAUCCCACUACUUUAACAACAACUACAAUUGCACCCACAACAACGACACCUACCACGGGUGGAACUACAAGAAUUGAAGAAACCACAUCUGAGUCAAUUUCAACUACAUCCACAAAGCCACCUAAAGAAGUCCCCACGGGCCCAACAACCACUUCCACCACUGGAAUUGUUGAAACCUCUACUUCUACAUCACAGCCCACAGCAACAGGUGCAGAAACAUCAGGGCCAGUUGUCAUAACUUCCAAUCCCACUACAUCAACCACAACUUCAAAGGCACCCACUACACCUACCACAGGUGGAACUACAAGAAUUGAAGAAACCACAACUGAGACAAUUUCAUCUACAUCCACAAAGCCACCUAAAGAAGUCCCCACGGGCCCAACUACCACUUCCACCACUGUAAUUGUUGAAACCUCUACUUCAACAUCACAGCCCACAGCAACAGGUGAAGAAACAUCAGGGCCAGUCCCACAGCAACAGGUGCAGAAACAUCAGGGCCAGUUGUCAUAA